AUGUUGCGUUCCUGCAUGUCAAUGUAUGUCAGGAUGAACACUUGUCGGCAAUGUUCUUGGCCCCAGAUUCUUGGCUGUUCUUGGCCUGUUUUAUCUGCGCUCGCAAUGGACGUCUCUGUGAACCACCUAUCUACGAGGCCGCACGUGUGGGUCGUCGACGGUGCAGUUUCCGAUCGUUUUCUCGAUCUCGUCGACAAGCAGCUGGCUUCAAGCGAGGGCACUGUGACAAGCGAGCUUCGCAAUGGGAAGUCCAUCACGUCCAGGAGUGUCGAGUUUGGCGUCGACGACGUCUCACGGCAACUUUUCGAGACUGUGGCGGGCUUCUGGGGCUUGCUGCCAGAGCAGUCCAUCGAAUCCUUUGUGGUGUCUGACAUCUGUGGCGAAGGCCAAGCCCCUCAUGUGGACCACAUCAACCUCGAUGACCUGCCUGUGCACAAGCUGGAUUUCCUGGAUCUGACUCGUCAGAGUAGUUCUCCCUUAAAUCCGAGGAGGGUGGUUCCUACUAUAUCUGUUGUCGUCUACUUCAACUCGGUUGGUGGUCUUCACUUUCCGCAUUCCGCAGACAAGCUUGGAACCAUUGCGGCCAAACGCGGCAGGAUUGUCAUGUUUCAGAACUAUGUUGACACUGACCGUCCGCACCACGACUCGAUGGCUGCGCACUGCGGUAUCUACUUGGACAGCUUGCCCAAAAGAAUCCUCGUCAUGGGCAUCUUGGCCAACGAAACGCCAAGCUUUUCACAACGAAGGCCUGGGUCGACCAGCCCGAAGCCCGGUCUGAUCUACUGCCCGGGAACGGCACAAGAUCCGCUCCGCCACGACGCCCCAUCUUACGACUAUAUGCGAACGGCCUUCCGAAAAAGCUUUCGCGAAGCUCAAGCAGCUGUGUCUUGGCAUGUCUUGGCUCAUUGGGCACUCUCGAGUUCAUGGCUCGGGGCUUUGAGCUUUUCGGUCCCUUCGAGGGGACAGAAGCAGCACCUCUUGCCGAGCACUUGA